AUGUCUAAAAGUGUAGCCAAGAUAACUUUCUACGAUGACAAGAAUUUCCAAGGUCACUACUAUGAGUGUGACAGUGACUGUGUCGACUUCCACACCUAUCUGAGUUGCUGCAACUCCAUCCGAGUGACCAGCGGGGCCUGGGUGGUAUAUGAGAGGCCUAACUUUUCAGGGAACAUGUACAUCCUAACUCAGGGCGAAUACCCUGAUUAUCACCACUGGAGGGGGCUCAAUGAUCGGCUCAGCUCCUGCAAGGUCAUUCAUCUGUUGAGUGGAGGCCAGUAUAAGCUUCAGAUCUUUGAGAGAGGAGACUUCAAUGGCCAGAUGUACGAGACCACCGAGGACUGCCCUUCCGUCAUGGAACAGUUCCACAUCCGUGAGAUCCAGUCCUGUAAGGUCCUGGAUGGGGUCUGGGUCUUCUACGAGCAGCCCAAUUAUCAUGGCAGGCAGUACUUCUUGGACAAGAAGGAGUACCGCAAGCCCGUGGACUGGGGCUCCCCCUGCACAGCUGUCCAGUCAUUCCGUCGUAUCAUGGAGUGA